AUGGUUGCCAAAUCUCCGACGUCAAACUCAACGUCAACCAAUACAUCUUCAUUCCUUCGAAUAGUUGUCGUUGGUGGUGGAGGCGUGGGAAAAUCAGCUUUAACAAUUCAAUUCAUCCAGCAAUAUUUCGUGCAAGAUUAUGAUCCAACCAUAGAAGACUCCUACACAAAGCAAUGCUUCGUCGAUGAAGAUCUCUGUCGCUUAGAAGUUUUGGACACAGCUGGACAGGAAGAAUUCAGUACAAUGCGAGAACAAUAUCUCAGAUCUGGCAAUGGCUUUCUCAUCGUCUAUGCUGUUACAGAUCGCAACAGGUUCGUACAGUUGGCGUUAACUUGA